AUGUCGGCACCUCAGGAUUCUAUUCCCGGCAACGGCAGCGACAUCCUCGAUCAGAUGGAUCAGCUUAGAAUGGAUGACCGCCUUGGCCCCGAUGGCGAACCCGCCCCUAAGACGGACGAGGAGUAUGCCCAGGCCCAGCUCACCCUUCGUGCGAUUGUCUCUUCCAAGGAAGCCGGUGUCAUUAUUGGCAAGGGCGGCAAGAACGUUGCCGAUCUCAGAGACGAGACUGGCGUCAAGGCCGGCGUCAGCAAAGUUGUGCAGGGUGUUCAUGACCGUGUUCUGACCAUCACCGGCGGUUGCGACGCUAUUUCUCGAGCCUACGCGAUUGUCGCUCGCGCUCUACUGGAAGGUGCCCCCGCUAUGGGUAUGGGAGGUGUAGUUCAAAGCAACGGUACUCAUCCAAUUAAGCUCCUCAUCUCACACAACCAGAUGGGAACCAUCAUUGGAAGACAAGGUCUGAAGAUCAAGCACAUUCAGGAUGCUUCGGGAGUCCGUAUGGUUGCCCAGAAGGAGAUGCUCCCUCAAUCUACUGAGAGAAUAGUCGAAGUCCAGGGCACUCCCGAGGGCAUUCAGCGCGCUAUCUGGGAAAUUUGCAAGUGCUUGGUUGAUGAUUGGCAACGAGGCACUGGCACCGUCCUCUACAACCCUGUUGUCCGUACUCAGCCUUCUGGCAGCGGAAACGCCAGCGGCGGUGCAGGAUUCAGUCAAGGGUCUGGUAGAAGCGAUUAUGGUGGUAGCCCUCGUGUCAUGCGAACAGGCAAUGGCGCUGAUUUCAGCAACGGUAGCUCAAGGCCGUACAACCGCCGGUCCGACUCUGACGCAGCCCUUCGAGGCCCGCCAACACACGAUGAGAAUGGUGAGGAGAUCCAGACUCAAAACAUCAGCAUCCCCGCGGACAUGGUUGGCUGCAUCAUUGGUCGUGCUGGUAGCAAGAUUAGCGAGAUUCGAAAGACAUCUGGCGCCCGUAUCUCUAUUGCCAAGGCACCUCACGAUGAGACUGGUGAGCGCAUGUUUACCAUCAUGGGCACCGCCAAGGCCAACGAGUCGGCGCUGUUCCUCCUGUACGAGAAUUUGGAGGCGGAGAAGAUGCGCCGAAGUCAGCUCCAGGAGCCCGAGUAG